GUAAUAAUUCAGGGUAUAAUCUGAAAACAUAUUAUGUAUAUAAGCACAUGAUCUUCUCGUACACACCACCAAUUCUUUGUUUUAUUAUACUCUGUUUUUAUCUAAAACCAAAAAGGAACGAAUCAGUGUCGGCUCUUGGUUCUAAAACCAAAAAGGUACAGACCUGACUACACACCCAAAAAAGGUUAUACGUUGGAUCCAAAACGCGCGUUAUACAAAGCUCUACUACUCCGUAACUCCUCCUCCGCCAUUUGCUUGGAAACUCUUCUUCGGCAAUGUGCUGAAACUGAGUCAACGUCCGAGUAAACGAAGUGAAACUUGGUGGUUUAGACUAAUCGCAAGUUGGGUUUUGAAAGAAACCGCGUUUCCAAAAUGAUCAACUUCAACCAAUGGUUGGUUCUUGUGGUAUGCUCAUUAGCAAUCUUGAAAGCAGAAGGAUUGCUCGUCAAUAUUACAUUUGUUCGAAACGCCGUCGCAAAAGGAGCCGUAUGUUUGGAUGGUAGUCCACCAGCUUAUCAUUUAGACAGAGGUUCGGGAACUGGAAUCAAUAGCUGGUUGAUACAGCUUGAGGGAGGAGGAUGGUGUCAUAAUGUAACAAACUGCAUUAGUCGGAUGCAUACUAAAUUAGGUUCAUCGAAGAAAAUGGUGGAGAAUCUUGCUUUCUCAGCUAUUCUUAGCAACAAGGAACAACGUAAUCCUGAUUUUUACAAUUGGAACAGAGUGAAAGUUAGAUAUUGUGAUGGUUCAUCAUUCACAGGAGAUGUGAAAACAGUGAACCCUGCUACUAAUCUUCACUUCAGAGGUGCUCGAGUUUGGCUAGCCGUUAUGCGGGAGCUGCUAGCUAAAGGCAUGAGAAACGCCGAGAAUGCUGUUUUGUCUGGGUGUUCUGCUGGUGGGUUAGCUUCACUGAUGCAUUGUGACAGUUUCCGAGCUCUAUUACCAAUGGGUACCAAUGUAAAAUGUCUUUCAGAUGCCGGUUUCUUUCUCAACACAAGAGAUGUUUCAGGAGCUCAAUACAUUAAAUCAUACUUCAACGAUGUGGUUACACUACAUGGAUCAGCAAAGAAUUUACCGAGGUCAUGCACGUCAAGAUUGACCCCUGCAAUGUGUUUCUUUCCACAAUACGUAGCUCGCCAGAUUAGAACUCCUGUUUUCGUUCUUAAUGCUGCCUACGACUCUUGGCAGAUUAAGAACAUUUUGGCUCCUCGUGCUGCUGAUCCUGAUGGAAAGUGGCAGAGUUGUCAGCUUGACAUCAAGAAUUGCCAACGAAGCCAGCUCAAAGUUAUGCAAGAUUUCAGGUUAGAGUUCUUGAGCGCAGUGAUAGGUUUAGGAAGAUCUGCAUCAAGAGGGAUGUUUAUAGACUCAUGCUACACUCACUGCCAAACCGAGACACAAACUUCUUGGUUCUGGCAAGAUUCUCCAAUUCUAAACCGAACGGGUUUUCACUCCUCAAGAUGCUCCUCCAAUUUAAGAAGAUUCUGCUAUAGAUUUGUUUUUUUUUUUAAAAAAAAAUCUUAUAAAUUAUAUCACACACAUAUAGUAAGAUAUUCUUACGGUUUAGCUAUAGAAGAGGAAAAAAAAAAGAAUGUGAGUGAUUCUUGAGGGUUGAGGAUAAGCUUUAUUCAGCACAAAUGUUCAAAAAAAAAAAAAAGCUUUGUUCGGCACCUGUCUUGUGUGCUGGUUGAGUGUCUCUGUUUCUCUUCCAUUCUUAUGUAAAAUGGGAAAUUGUUAGUUUUUAUUUUAAUAAAAUAAUGUAUAGCUCUUUUCUUAACUCAAGUUUGACGCCAUUUUAUGUAAUUUUAUAUCCAAUCAAUAUGUACAUAUUCUUUUCAACUUUUAAAUAAUAGGAAAUUGGACGGUAUACCAAUCAAAAAAUUAAUAAUUUAACAUUGAUCGAAUUUAUCCAAAUAGAUAAGAUACACCAGGUUUAUAUAUAUAUAUAAUGGCGAUUGUUCCUUAAGAAAAACCGACAUGGCCGAAUAAAACGUGGAUUGCCCUGAUUCACAUAGUAUAACAAUCAAUAGUAAAGGGCAAUCAAUUUCUUCUUAAAUCUUAGAGAGGAUUGAAGCUGAGAGUGAGAAAAGCGUAUGUUUUAGUUUAAAGAACAAGGGAGUGAAGAAUCAACAUCAAAAAAAUACGAGGAAGACAAAGAAGGCAAAACGAACCAUAAAAUUGCAGACUCCCAAAGGAAGGAGACGCAAAUUGACAUCAAUGGUACAAUAUAUAGGAGAAGAAACCUGACAACGACGUCGAGGUAAGAAGUGUUGUUCUGUUCAAAGAUAAUAUGAUUUACCAUUUACGAACACAAUUUCGAGUGAUGACCACUAUGGAAUUGACGAUCAGAAUCUAAUAGAGGCUUCUCAGUAGAUAUGGUGGUGAGGAUUAACGACAGUGGGCCAAUGAAUGUGUGUCGCCAUGUGAGGUAAAAAUAAGAGAUGUGAACGAUAACUCACUGAUUAUAUUAUAUCCAGUAAAACAAAUUUAUAGUAUAGAAUAUGUUAAUUAAUGUAGCUAUUUGUGUAAAAUUAAUAUAUAGUACUAUUUAAGAUAUAUGUCAUCUUUCUCUAUACCAUUUCCCUUAAAUGGAACAAUAUGUUGUGUUUUUGAAAUUUAAUACUUCUCUUUUUCGCGGUGUUCAUUAGUAUAUACUAUAGUUUGUAAUUUUCUUAUAAACUAAUAAUUGUUUCAUGUUUAUAAACAUUAAAAUUAUAAAAUGAAAGAAAGUUAAACA